CCCAAGAACUAGUGGAAUUUUGCAUCGCUUUGGACACACUGAUUGGGCAGUGUUUUUAUUUUUAUUUUGUUUGGCCAGCCGGAUAGCUUAAUAAUACUUUAAUGCAGCCAUUUAUUGUUAUACGCAACUACACGCAAGAUGACGAGCUCAAGUGCCAGGAGUUGGUGCGGGACUACAUCAUGUCGUUCUCCAACAAGUCCUUCUUCGUCUAUUGCUUUCGAGAGAUCACAUUGCAGUUCAUAGUCAUCACGUGGGCCAUAUUCUUCAUAUUUCUGGGAGUGCCUCUACUUUUCUGCGCCCUCACUGUGCCCGCUUGCAUUUUCUGUUUGUUUACCGGCACCUACUUCUCGUUUUACUCUAAGGCAGUGGAGCUGAUGAGGACCAAGCCAUCUCAAUCCCUGGUGGCCGAAUGCUAUGAACCCUUCAUUUUCCGCUGCUCACCCAAGGAGGCUAGCUACCAGAUCUUCAUGGAGAACUGCCCCUAUGACGAGGCCUCUGUAAGGAAGUUCCGUCGCAGGAUUGUGGCCGCCAUUAGUGUGAAGAAUCACCAUGCCGUCUACAACGCGGCCUGGAUCUACCGCUUUGCCAUCGAUCCCAACUAUCCCUACCAGACGAUCAUGGAGCCCAUGGUGAAGCAGGUUGUCAAAAACUGCAUCACUGGCGGCUAUGCUUCGCUGGAGUGCACCAUCUCCGAGUGGCAGGAGAGUGAGCGCGACUUCUACGACGACUUUGGCUUCGUCACGAGGCAGAUUUACCACAAAAAGAUCAUCGGCAGCAGUCUGUCUGUGAUGAAGACCCAGCUCACAUAUGGGUUGCGUUCCGACGAGGCUCUGCACAAACAAAACUAAGGCAAUACCAAUGGUGCAAUAUAGAUAAUCUCCCAGUUCUGUGGAAUCUAGUUCAAUACUUAGGUAUUUAUUUUAUAAACUUUACAUUCCAGUCACAUAUUGCGUCCCGAACUCAAAGCACACCGAUUUAAGCCCUAGAUUGUUGUUCCAGGGCGAUUCGACAAAGUUU